AAGUAGGAAAUUACAGUUUUGUCCUAAAGAAAGCAUAAUCUUUUUGAUGAAAGAAGAUUGCUUUAACAUAGCCAACCCGGCCCUUAUAAUUCAUACUCAUUAUGUUUGUUGCUUAAAGCUUGCCUUCUCUCUCUCUACUUCCUCCUUCUUACAGAAGAAUUUGCCAUAGAUUUUUAUUCUUCUUUCUUUAUGAAGUUUUUCUGAUAAAAAAAAAAAAAGAUCAUGGAUCGAAUGGGUGGAAGUUGCCGCCCUAAUUUUCCAUUACAAUUACUACAUAGAAAAGAAGAAGCAGAUGAAGACGCGGCUUGUUCAUCCAACGAGCCGCCGCCGCCUCAAGCCGUGAAGAAAACGCCCCCUAAAAGGACAUCAACAAAAGACCGCCACACAAAGGUGGACGGCCGUGGCCGACGGAUCAGGAUGCCGGCUGCUUGCGCAGCUAGGGUUUUCCAGCUUACAAGGGAAUUAGGGCAUAAGUCAGACGGUGAAACAAUCGAAUGGCUCCUCCAACAGGCGGAGCCUUCCGUUAUAGCUGCCACAGGAACUGGGACAAUCCCUGCAAACUUCACAUCUCUCAACAUCUCUCUUCGUAGCUCCGGCUCCACUAUGUCGGCUCCACUUCAUUUCCGGCCUAACUACUUCAAUGCGGCGGCGGCUAGUUUCGCCGCCGCUCAUUUCGGUAACAGUACUACUACUACUUCCGCGGCUGAUCUCUUCCGUACCCAAAUUCUCUCAAACGGGUUAGAUUCUCCGAGCGCCGGCCAAGGCCAACAUGACUUGUCAGGUCUGGGCGGCGGAGGAAUAGGAAUAGGAAGGAAGAGGAUAAGGUCUGAGACGGAGAUCAUAUCGGAAAGUCUUGCUUCAGGGAACUACCUAUCUGGGCCGGGAGAUCCGUUAUGGGCAUUACCUUUUUCAUCUUCGUCAUCUUCUGUUGGUACCGGAGCUAAUAAUUACAAAUUGGCAUCGCAUUUGAUGAACUUUGCUACGCCAAUGGCUCUGCUCUCCGGGCAGCAGUUUGGUGGUUCUGGUGGUGGUGCCGGUGGUGGAGGCGGCGGUGGCGGUGGGUUGGUGAUGGAUGGACAGUUAAGUAUGGUGGCAGCUCUUGGGGCUUAUAGGCCGUUGACGGCUUCCUUGAUUAAUUCUGGUGCCCCUGCAGGCGGAGGAGAUCAGCAUCAUCAUCAUCAUCAGCAGCAGCAAUCACAAAGAGAAUGAAAUGUACUUAAACUGCAUGAAUGAAUUGAUGAUUUGUUUGCAUAAAUAUAUAUAUAUGUAUAUGUUAUGUACGUAUGGAGUGUUAUCUUAAUUAUAUAUAUCUACGUAUUAAUUGUAUACCAUAAUUUGGAUAAUUAA